AUAAUUUAAACAUUAACAUUACAGACAAAGGAAGAAGACUUGCAAAAGUUUUUCUGCAACUAUGGGAUGGUUAAAGACACGAAGAUUAUACGGGACAGAGCUGAUGUUUCAAAGGGGUACGGAUUCGUUACUUUUGAGACAUCGGAAGAAGCCGACAGAGUCAGGGAUCAGGAAGAUUGUUUAUACUUAAAUGGGAAGAAAUUGAACAUCGGACAAGCAAUCAGAAAACAACAGAUUUGUUUUCCCAAAGACAUCCACGUACCUGGUCCACCUGGUAGUUGGGUAAUGCAUCCGGCUGGUUACGCAUCGUUCACCAACAGUAAUGGAAUAACUUACUUUGCACAAAGUCCAGUCAUCGCCCCUCUACAACAAGCACAGCCAUAUAGUCAUGUGAUGAAUUACCAACCAAUGGCAACACAUUAUCCCGGGUACGCCUACUCACCAGCGCCAUGUAGUGGCCAAGCUUACGGCACGGUUCAUCUACCAUGGCCCACACCGGUACGUCAGUAUCUAAUAUAUUAUACAACAACGAAUAUCUGUGUUUUCGUGAUGCUGUGUUUAGCGCUGAAAUCCACUGUAGUGUACGGCGUUCUCCAAGGAAUCUUCGAAAGGUUUGAGGUUCAAAUUGCCAAUAAGAAGGUUAUCAUGUUUUUGUGGGCGUCAAGUGAUAAGUGGGCGUCAAGUGAUACUUUGUGGGCGUCAAGCGAUAGGUUCAAAACUCAGUUUAUUCAACAAAACAGUUCGGGUUACAACGACAAAACAACAACGACGUCACGAUACUCUCCGGCCUCCAACUGGCUGGUCCAGGCUCACACUGCCUAG